GCGGAAUGGCCAAGUUUACAAAUGUCCAGUGCGUCAGCCAGGACACUAACUUUACCACAUUUACCGCCUGUCGUCUGUAUGCGGUUAAACGCGAUGUCGCCGAAAUGAGCUUACGCAUAAAGAUCUUACAGAUCCUCAAGAAACCAAUAGCGAUGCGAAUACAGCUGCUGAAACGAGCCAGUGGCUAUAAACCCUUUCUCUAUGACGUCAGGCAUUCCGAUCUAUGCGAAUAUCUUGAUCGACGCAAUCAUCCUUUUGUCAAUAUUAUUUUCAACAGUUUCGCAAAUCACACUAAUGUCAACAAAUGUCCCUUGCCUUCGGAGUUGUGCGUGGAGCACUUUCGGUUUCCCGUCAAGGCUCUGGAUAUGCUGCCUCUGCCAAGUGGGGAAUAUGCGAUAUAUGCCACAUUCAGCUACAAUAGAAUGGAACAAGUCCUGCUAAAGGUUUUCUUCACAAUCACAGAGUUUCGUUAGUUAUCCGAAAAUAAAUACUUAAAAUAAUUAAUUAC